UUCAAAUAGCAAGAGUUGCAGCAGGUGCAGACUGCAGAGGCAAGAGCAUUUGAGUUUUGAGGUGCAAGAUUUUGAAUAUAAAACCUGAAACACUCUUCAAUUUCCAUCAACAUCAAAAUCAAAAUCAAACCACAUUCAAAAUCAAACAAUUCUCUCUCUAAUUCUCUAUCACUCUCGUCUUCUUCACUUUCUCUCUCUAAAACCAGCACAACAACAAUGGAGGAAUACUUGCAGUACAUGAAAACUCUUCGCACUCAGAUGAACGAUGUUGAAGAUCAAGCAGCGAAGAUUUCUGUUGAGGAACAAAUGCAAAUUACUACUAUUCACAAUCUCGAGAAAGAUCUCAAAUCAGCGAAAUCGGAAACGAAGCGAGUUGUGGAGGAGACUGAUCAAUUGGUUAAGAGUAAAGCUGAAAUAUGCUCUAAAAUUUUGGAGAUGCAGAAAAGAAUUACCUCUUUGGAAUCUGACUCCUUCAACUUAUCUCAGACUUUGGAACUUACUCGACAAGAGAAAAGCAACUUUACAGCAAAAGUUCUUGAAAAGAGGGCGUAUUAUGCCAAGGUUGCUGAGGAUAUGAACUCUAAAUUGCAAGAACAGAAGGACUGGCUGGAUAAUAAACGACGUAAUGAGCCCUAUGAAGACAGUAGCAUGCAAAUUGAUAUGCCUCAAGAAAAAUCUAGCAAGGGUCCAGUUCCAUGCAGCUCGGGAGAUGAGGACAAGAUGCUUUUUCGUGGAAAAUUACACGCUGCACAAUCUCAGCUUGAUGAGGUUAUCUCUGCAAAAACCAAACUGGUUUCAGACAACAGUGAGUUGAAGCAAACCAUCGAGCAGUUAAAGAGUGAAAUAAAUAAUCUCAAGCCAGAGUUAAGUGCCACAGAAGUGAUUACGCUGGAAGAGGAACACAAGGCUCUCUUGUCUGAGAAGAAUGGGGAAAUGGAGUACAUGCAGAGUUUACAGAUCCAACUCGAGAAACUAAGGGGAAUCACAUGUUAUCAAGUGUGCAUGCGGAGGGGAAUACAAGGUGGAAGUGGGCCUUUGUGAUGUGGGGGAAUAAUGUACCAUUGAGUCAUUGUCUCAUUGACAUCAACUGUGAAUGAAUUUUGCUAGUCAUCAUCAGAUACUAUCGAGUUAUGGAUCCAGCCUCGUUAGUAAGCUUUCCAGUUAAACAUUGCAGGAAACUUUCAUGCUUUUGUUUAAAUCAUGAAAUGUUGGAACUUAAAUACUACACAGUCAGAUUACAUGAUGUAUGAUUUCAGAUAACCAGUUUGACAAUGAUGCCCUUAUUAGUCGUCGUAGUAAACAUUGUAAUUUUUUUAAAACUUGAUUUCAGAAUCCCAGAGCUGUUUUUAGGAGAUAGGUCUUGGGAUCUUCAGUCUCUUGUUACAUGAUACAAAUAUUGUGUUAAUAUUUUUGAUGUAAAAGAUGAAUUCAGAGACAUACUAUUUCUGUGCGUUUGCAAUGGACUUGAUUAUUGUCCAUCAGUAAAACUAAUGCAGCAUACCUCUUUUGUAUUCUUAACUAUGAAGGCGUGCCAAUUUGGGCUGUUGGGACGUACCUUGGUUUGUUGUGGCAACAAUGUAGUUGUAACUUGUAAGUAUGAAUAGGUGGAUCUAGUAAGGGGCUUGGUUGACAUGUAUGUUACCGUUCUAUAAAAUGUUCAAUUGCCAAAAAAAAAACGAAUAUAAAAUAUUAAAAUAGAAUAAAAUGUAACCAUUAAACGUUUUUAAAACAAAAUUUGUCCUCCACCCUACCCCCCCCCGGGUCUCCUGCAUACAUGCCGGCUUCUUCCAUCUCUGCUGAAGCAAAAUCGCGCACCACUUUCAUCUUAGCCUCUCAUCAAUUAGCUGGAAGUUUUCUUAGCAAUUUAGAAUGUAAAUAUGCAGAGAGAUCCCGGUUCCAUCCCUGUCAUAG